CAAAGAAGUGAAAUCAGGUAGAGUUAAGAAAAGGCAAAGGACGUUCGAAUUGUGUGUGAAAAUGAUUUUCCUUAUUUUACUUCUGGGAGGGUUAUUGGAGACUGAAGCUAUGUCAGUAACAGGAAUGGGGGGAACGGAUGUCACAAUAAAAUGUUCUCACACGAACGCAUUUUCCAACGUCAAAUAUUUCUGCAAGGGAGCGUGUGAUGAAAAAGACGUCCUAAUCACAAGCAGGACAAGUAAGGAUACAAAGACAGAUAAAUACCACAUUGCAGAUAAAGGAAACACAUUCAACGUGACCAUCUUACAUCUGACAAUGCAAGACUCAGGAACUUACUGGUGUGGAAUAGAGAGACUUGGUGUGGACACAUAUAAUGAAGUAGUCCUCACGGUCAUAAAGGAAAGCACACAGGAUCCUAACAACUUGCUGCAAUUAAAUACUACUAAUAAGCUGGUGUACAUUGGAGCAGGUCUCGGGGUGGUUGUGCUGGCACUGGCGAUGGUCCUUUUAGUAUUUUUCAGACAUCGAAAAAGAGACAUCCAAGCAUCUUCUGGAAAGAACCAUGACACGGUCUAUUCAACAGUUUCCCGUGGGAAACAAGAUGGACACCACACCACUACUUCCUCUUCAACAGCCAAUGAGGAUCAAGAAACAGACGGCAGGACUACCAGCAUCUUAAGCUCGUCGACUGUUCAACACCAAGGAGAUCGCUCAAACAAUAUUUACUCCAACGUAUCUGUUUCAUCCGCCUCUCAGAUCCAACCAGACGGCCUCCUCUAUACCACAGUUAGCUUCAACAAACACACAGAAGCCAGCACCGACACACCUGGCACUGCAGAGCUUACAUACUCCACCAUUAACCACGAAGCAACAGAUAAAUCAGCAGUUUAGAAAUGUCUAAACUCAGUGCUUAUAAUCUCAAGUGCAGUAUUUUUUCUCUAUUAUAAAAGUCUGUGUGAUGCUUAAAUGAAAAUACCCACUAUUCACACAUAUCUGUAAAAGUAAAUUCACAGGUUGUUGUAAAUCAAUUAUUCGAAUAAUUCUGAAUUCAUUUAUUGUUUAACAUUCAUGCAUGACAGAUCCUACCAUAGCAAAUAUAUAGAUAACUAAACAUUUCUAAUCAUGUUCAGUAGAUUAACCUAAUA